AUGGCCUACACGCUGGCUUGCCGUUGGAUCGUAUGGUUUGCACUCCUAGUAGUACUCAUCUCACCAGCGUCCACCGAGCUGCUGGACGACGAGCAACUCACGCAGGUCAACAACACACACUUCGACUACAUCAUCUUGGGUGGAGGAACAGCAGGCCUUGUCGUGGCCUCGAGACUGUCCGAAGACCCCAACAUCACUGUCGCAGUCAUUGAAGCCGGAAACUUCGAAAACAACAACCCAAACGUAACGAACGCCACUGGCCUAGGCCUAGCCAAGAACACGCGCGUCGACUGGCAGUACGAAAGCGUGCCUCAGGUUUUCGGAGGAAACCAGAGUCUGAUAUGGAGUGCUGGCAAAGGACUGGGCGGCUCUAGUCUGAUCAAUGGCAUGACCUACAUCCGCCCUUCCAAGUCUCAGAUGGAUCUCUGGGCUUCCCUUGGCCUGGAAUUAGAUUGGAACAGGUAUUUCACCGCCUCGAAGAAAGGAGAGCACUUCCGACCUCCAACGUCCAAUCUCACCGUGGUGGGCGCCGCAUAUCAAAACUCGUCUCACGGAUAUGCUGGUCCACUCGACACAUGCAUCAACCCUCACAUCAUCGGCGGCGACAUCCACGACAUUUUCAACAGCACGUUCAAGAAACUGGGGAUCCCACCUAGGAGCGAUUUCUGCGGUGGCGAGCUCAGGGGCUUCGGCAUCCAAGAUGUCACGGUGGACCAGCUUGCCGACGUUCGAGAGGAUGCUGCUCGGGCCUACUACUACCCCUUCAUGAACCGCAAGAACUUGGUCGUCAUGGUCAACACGACGGCCACUCGUAUUCGGUGGUCACCACAAGACAGUCCGAACGGAAACGCCAUGGCCUCCGCUGCCGAAGUCAGCCAUCAGAACGGACAGAUCUCGACCAUCUAUGCCGACCGAGAAAUCAUCCUCUCAGCAGGUGCGAUCAGAAGCCCGGCGAUAUUGGAGCACUCUGGCGUCGGUAACCCAGGCAUCCUGUCCCGGCAGUCGAUCGAUGUCAGGGUCCGCCUUCCAUCGGUGGGCGAGAAUUUCCAAGAUCAAACCGUCAUCACCGUCUUGGCCAGCACUGUGCAAGAGAGUCCUCCCGGGUUUCCGCCCUUCGUCGCACAUGCAUCGCUACAGGAUCUCUUUGGCACAAACACCGCCUCCGUCUACAAUGCAACUCUCGCCAAGCUGCCAGAGUAUGCAGAAGCAAUCUCUGCGCACAACGGGGGCGCAAGUAACCCCAGCGUCCAGCAGCACCUUCUCAAAAGUCAACUGGACCUGCUCUUCGACUCGAAAAUGCCUGCCUCGGAAAUCGCGCCCAUAGCACUCGGUAAGGCCAUUGGAUGCGUGUUCUGGCCUCUCCAGCCGUUCAGCAGAGGAAGUGUGCACAUCAACAGCACAGAUCGGACCGCGCAGCCGGCCAUCGAUGCCAAAUUCUUCCAAGUCGACUUCGACGGCCAGCUCUCCGUCGCCACGGCGAGAUUUGUCCGCAAGUUCCUCACGACCGCGCCGUUGUCGGACAUGGUCAACGCGUCGUCCCUGGUUCCCGGGUUCGCACUUGUACCAGAAGACGCGACCGACGCUCAGUGGCUGGAUUGGAUCAAGACCACGUCGCAAUACCAGCCCAAUUACCACCACCUGGGCACAUGCGCGAUGUUGCCACAGAGCAUGGGUGGCGUGGUCGACAAUGACUUUAGAGUGUACGGAACGGAGAAUGUGCGUGUUGUGGAUUUGAGUGUCGUGCCGCUGCAGGUUGCAGGACAUUCGACGGCUCUUCUUUAUGGCAUUGCGGAGUGGGCCUCGCGGAAGAUAAGACCGCAGACGUGA